AUGGUUGAUACAUAUGUGUCAUUUUCAACAGAAAAUUGCAUGAGUUCGUUUACGGCAUUUGAAAAUAUUCCCGAAAUCAAAGAUAAUCAAGAUCCAUUUAAAAUUGACCAAGGAGAUAUAGAAGAAUUGCAAAAAAGAGCUUCGACAAGUUCAAUUGAAAAAACGAAAAAAUCUAAAAGAAAUAAUAAUCAUAGUACGACAUUAGACAGUACUAAAACAACCAGUGCAACGCCGACCGUACAAUGUGAUAUUUGUUCAGUACCAAUAAGCGGUCCAAUUGUUUUUGAUUCUCAUAUGAAAGGAAAAAAACAUCAAACACAGUUAAAAACUAUGCUAAAUAAAAAUCCUCAGUACAAAGCACCAACCUAUGAAGAACUCUGUGCUAGAAAACACGAACCAGUAGUUGUGAAUAAUGAAAGUGAAAAAUCAGAUGUUACUUUGUCAGAAUUAAAUGCAAAUGAAACGCAGAUUGAGCCGCCUGUGAUGCCGCCAAAAACGCUUAAUUGUAAUAUGUGUAAUAUUUCGUGUAAUAGUCAACAAAUGUUUGAGAAUCAUGUUUCUGGAAAAAAACAUCAAGCGAAAAUAAAACUUAACAAUCCAACUAAUCCAACAUCAACGCGCAUCAUUCCAGAUAAUAAUCCUUCUUCGUCGAAUUACUGUGAUGUGUGUUCAAUGCAAUUGAAUUCCGAAAAUGAUCUAACUGAUCAUCUUGCUCAAAAACAACAUCAAGCAAGAGUGAAAGACGCAGAAUUUUGUGCUAAAGAAGCAGCUGAGAUAAAUAUCAAGUUUGAAAAUUAUAAAAUACCAAUAUCAGAUGCAGAAAAAGAUAGUUUCGAAUAUCAAUGUGUACCAUGUGCAAAAAGAUUUAGAAAUAAAGUACAACUUAUUGAACAUCUCAAAAGUACGCUUCAUAAUCGAAUUUCCAAUCGAUCAAGCCACCAGACUCCUUCAAACCCACCCAGUCAAGGCAAAACUCAAGCUAAACAAGGAAGUAUCCCGCGAAAUGAUACUAUAACUCGUGAUCAGAGCCCCUCUUCGUUUUCUGGUUCUACCAGAUCGUCAAGAAAAUCACGUCCAUAUCGUUCUCAACCAUAUCCUCGUAGCCGUACUUAUGAGCCAUACGAUCACGAUUUUAAUCCACCAACUUCACAAAAUAUUUUCGGUGCAUUUGAUCCUAACAAUGAAAUGGCAUAUUCACCCGCCAAUAAUACUAAUAAUUACUAUCCUUCAACAAAACGUCCAAUACCCUAUGAACAAUAUUCCAAUGAAUAUGAUGCAUUUUUUCCUAAACGUGCUCGCCCAUAUAAUGAUACAAGUGAUAAUUCCCAAGAAUUUUAUUCCAUCGAGGCAAAUUAUUAUUCAUCAGCGACAAGUUCAAAUUAUCCGCCAUCCACAGGUUCAAAUUAUCCACCAUCCACAAGUUCAAGUUAUCCACCGCCAUCAAGUUCCAGCUAUCCACCAUCGUCAAGUUCAUAUUAUCCACCUCCGACAAGUUCAAAUUAUCCAUGGAAUGAUGACAACAAUAGUUAUACAUCACCAGUAGAUGAUUAUAAUGACCAAUCAGCUGCAUCAGAAGUAUCUUGGCCAUAUUCAACUGAACCUCACUAUGAUCCACCACAAUAUUCAGCUCCUCCAUCGAGUUAUAUCAAUCCUAUACAUUAUCCAUCUAAUCAACCGCCAUUGCCUAGUUAUGAGCCACCGCCACCAUUACCAAACUAUCCACCGCCAUCGUCUUAUACUCGUGCUCAAAGUUCCUCUUUUCAUGCUAAUACUGGAAAUCAAGAGACUAAUAGUUUCUAUCCGAAUUCUUUCGGUCAAUAA